GCGCGGUCCUGCACUUACAGUCUCAGGCAACAGAAUCCCGUCUCUCCAUGGCAGCACAAGGAGGGAAUCCCCGGGUCUUACCUCGCAAUUGAUCAAUUUGCAUUUUUUCAUUCCAUUCAUUGCCUCGGACUUAUGUGCUGCUGCCGACAUAGUCCUCAUAACACUAACAGACUGCUCUAAAAAAGAAAGAAAUUGACAUCCCAAUGCAAAUUAUUCUGUUCAAUUCGUGUGCACAAGAGUAUUAUACUUCGCAAGCUGAACAAACAACAACUGCUUUUCAUUCAUGAGCCAGCCACCAAGCGAGUUCGACAUGGCACUGAGCGGGACACUACCUUCCAUUUCCACCUUUGCCACCGGCACCAGUGUCAAGGAUACAUCAUCUGGACAGGGAGUCGCUAGCAAUAGAUGGAAACAGGAGAUGUCUCACCUGAAGAGAACCUGUGUCCCCACGGGUCGAGUCUAUGAAAGACAAGACCAGGACCUUUCGAGUACAAUGACCAAAAAGGAAUCCGAGGACCUUGAGCUGCUGGACUAUGACUUUAUAUUAUCAAACACCAUGCAUCAGCAGGAACUAAUGACCUCCACAUCAAGAAACGUGGCCACCUCCCCUGGCACUUAUACUUACCAACUGCCAUCUCCACAAGACCCUGCCACUGAUGUGAUGUACAGCAGGGACUCCUCAGCUGCCUUCACCAUUCCAGAUAUUAGUGAUGUUUCUCCCUCAGGUGGCUUUGUGGCUGAGCUCAUGAGACCAGAAUUGGACCCUGCAUACUUGCAACCCACAAGCCUCCAAGGGAAGUUUGUGGUAAAGACAACAAUGGACAUGGAGGACUACAGCCAGACCAUUAACGUAAGCAAAAGCGCUACUGCCAUGGACAGCACAUUGCCUUUUAGGAUCAAACAAGAGAACACCAGCACUUGCACAAUUACACUGCCAAUGGAUGUCCAUCUUGGAAGUAACCCAGCCCAUGGAAAUAGCCAAAGAUCACCACUAGAACAGCAUGAUUUUCCCACAAGGCAGCCCGUGGCCAAAAGGCCUGGACCACCCCUUGCCCCCGAGGAAGUCAUGAAUAGAGAACGACAUAUCUCACCUCAGGUUUUAAGUCACCCACCACUGCCACUACCACAAGGUUACCAUGCACCUAGCAACUACCCUUCUUUCCAGCAACAGCCUCCACUCCAGUACCAAGGUCAGUUAUAUCUAAAUGUUUUUAAAGGUCCACAUUUGGUUCAAGGGGCGAUGCUGACUCCACCCUCUUCACCUUUAGAGCUCAUGUCUCCAGGAAGCUGCAUGCCGGAAGAACCCAAGCCAAAAAGAGGCCGUCGGUCCUGGCCCAGGAAAAGGAUAGCAACACACACGUGCGACUAUGCAGGCUGCGGAAAGACUUACACCAAGAGCUCCCAUCUCAAGGCACAUCAUCGAACUCAUACAGGGGAGAAGCCUUAUCACUGUGAUUGGGAGGGAUGCGGCUGGAAGUUUGCCCGCUCAGAUGAACUGACUCGACACUACAGGAAACACACUGGGCAUCGCCCCUUCCAGUGUCAGAAAUGUGACCGUGCCUUUUCAAGGUCAGACCAUUUGGCACUACACAUGAAACGACACUUAUAAGCAGGAGAAGAUAAAAAUGUGUAUAAUACACACUGCCUAAAGACACUCAGCAUUGUGCAAGACAAGCCAUGUCUUCCAUGGUAAUGAACACGUACCAGCGCUUUAUCUUUAGAUAUUACCAGACAAGUCUUCGAAAGACUGGGAAUACAGAUCAAUCAUUCCAAAGGUAUGUCUCAACUGAAGGGAGACCAUCUUUUCAACUGGAACAACAUUUACCUUGACAAGACUUGGAAUACCAGGUGCUAAAGGAUAACUGGAAAAUAUGGAUAUCAGGGCAAGAAAAAGGAUUUUUGAAAGAUUUUUGAUAUAUGCAUUCCCUGGAACUUUGUUUCAUAGCAGUGUAUUAGACCUAUAUUUUUGUAAUGGUUCAGAAAGCCAUACAUUUAAUGUACACAAGUAAUGUAUAGAAUUCUGCUGGAUGGUGCUCAGUGACUUCAAUAUUAUUAAAGGUACCAAAGGAAAAAGGAAGCCAUUGUUCUCAUAAGUGCCACAUGCUUGUCAGGGAGGUGAACUCUUCCAACCCACAGGCUUGAUAACAGUCAGGUAAAGGGUUCUCAUUCACAAUCUUAAAUGCACUGUGGUUCCAAUGUGCAAUAACUUGUAAAGUCAUUAAUACAUUUUAAAAUCUUACCACAGAACAGUCUUUUUCUUUUUUUUUUUUACAGUACUUUGACAAAUAAUUAUGUAAUAUAAUUUUUAAGUGAUGUCUAGUUUUGUACAUUUGUAAAUAUAAAAUGUUCUGAAAAUGUGUAUUUUAUGUAUUCUUGAAACUAUGUUCCAAAAUAAAAUAACAGUAUUUAAGGAGAGUGAAUUGAUAUUUCUUUAAACUGGUUCAGAGAUAAAUGGGUUUUGUAAGUGGUUGGUACAGGGUAUUAACCGUUUCCACACUGGGAUUGUUAUUUCAGACACAUAUUAUAAUAUAAGCUUCAAUAAAACUUAUCGGCAACAGGGUUUUCUGUGAGUCGUCUUUUCUAGGAAAAGCAGACAAAGCAAUAUAUUUAGCAUUCAUAAAAAGCAUACUGUACAGUAGUAACAAACAAAUUGUUGACCACUGAUUUCCUUUAUUGAUGCAGAUGUUUUAUUUUAUAUAUUGUUUAAUGUUUAAAUCAUGUUUUAAAGUACAGAAGACUGUAGCCCAUACUGUAAAUAAUGUACUAGCCCCAGUUUCAAAUGUACAUUGACGAAUUCCUUGUUUUAAUGCAAAACUGGAUUAAAGAAACAUAUAUUUGUAUUUUAUGUAAAA